AUGAUGGGUUGCUGGGUUUCGAGGUUUUCGAUCUGGGUUUUGUUCGUAUUGAAUCUUGCAUUUUGCUCUAGAGGGUUCGAUCCCGUUGAUCAAUAUUACAUCAAUUGUGGGUCGUCCGGUGAUGUCACCGUCGGCAAUGUUACCUAUUCCGCCGAUAGAUCAGCCUCGAGAUACCUUUCAACCCCUCGAGACAUAUUAGCCGACGCCAAUCUGAACGAUGAAUCCAUCUUUAGUACGGCCCGAAUUUUCACCGCCCCGUCUAGGUAUACUUUCCCGAUCAAACAGGCCGGCCGGCACUGGAUCCGCCUCCGAUUUCACCCGUUUGUUUACCAAAGUUACGACAUGAACAAUGCGGUUUUCUUCGUUUUCUCCCAGAAGAAUACUCUGCUCAGCAGCUUCACCCCUAAUCGAAAUUCUACCGUGAAGGAAUAUUCCGUUAACCUAACUUCCGGCGACUUUGUUCUCACCUUCUCUCCCUCGGCAAACUCAUUCGCUUACAUAAAUGCCGUUGAGGUUGUUUCAUCUCCGGACGACCUCAUCACAGACGAUGCCUCUCUCUACAACCCGGUGGGCCCGUUCACCGGGCUUCUAACCGAGUCCCUCGAGACAAUUGCUCGGUUGAACAUGGGUGGAUCGUAUAUCUCUCUGGCUAACGAUACAUUGGGCCGCGAAUGGAGGAAGAUGAAAACAGAACAUCUCUUUGACUACUACAACAUGUCCCUUCUUCUCUUCCUCUCCCUCCUACUUUCACUCUGCAUCCUUCGCCGGAGCUUCCUCUUGCGACGGCAUUGCUACCUCCUCGACUACGAGUGCUUCAUGCCCUCCGACGACCGGAAACUGAGCACGAAACUCUCCGGCGAGGUCAUUCGCCGGAACAAGAACCUCCGCCUCAACGAGUACAAGUUCCUCCUCAAGGCCAUCGUCAGCUCCGGCAUUGGCGAGGAGACUUACGUCCCGCGGACCGUCCUCGAGGGCCGCGAGGCGGACCCAACUCUCCUCGACGCCCUCUCCGAGAUGGACGAGUUCUUCCUCGCGAGCAUCGGGAGAUUGCUCCGGCGAACGGGCAUUUCCCCGAAAGAAAUCGACAUCCUCGUCGUGAACGUGUCCAUGCUGGCGACCGUCCCGUCUCUCGCGUCCCCCUCAUCCCGUGAUUUGCGGGCCCUCGUCGUGACUUCCGAGUCGCUCACGCCGAAUUGGUACGCGGGGACCGACCGGUCGAUGAUUCUGGCGAAUUGUCUUUUCCGGGCCGGUGGGUGCGCGAUGGUUCUAUCGACCCUGCCCGGCCCGAAUGCGAAGCUUCGGCUCGGGCAACUCGCCCGGACCCACCACGGCGCGAGGGAUGAGUCGUACGGGUGUUGCAUGCAGACGGAGGACGAGUUCGGACGUGCGGGUGAUUUCCGGUCUCCGGUGGUGGAUUUCCGGUCUGGAGUGGAGCAUUUCUGCCUCCACACGGGUGGGAAAGCGGUGAUCGAUGCGGUGGCGAGGAGUUUGGGGCUGAGCGAAGCUGACGUGGAGCCUGCGAGGAUGACACUGCAUAGGUUCGGGAACACGUCAGCGAGCAGUUUGUGGUAUGUGCUGGCGUAUAUGGAGGCGAAGGGGAGGCUGAAGAAAGGGGAUCGAGUGCUGAUGAUAAGUUUCGGGGCAGGGUUUAAGUGUAAUAGUUGUUUGUGGGAGGUUGUGAGGGAUUUGGAUGGGAAUGGGAAUGUGUGGGAAGGGAUGAUCGACGAGUAUCCGGUUGGGAAUACGGCGGAAAAAAGCCCGUUUUUGGGUAAGUUCGGGUGGCUGCAGAACGAGGUGGACGAAGAUUUUCGCUUCCCGGAAGAUUAA